AUGGUAAUCCGAUUUUGUUUUCACCGUACCGAAGAUGUUUGUACUCUAAAAACUACUUCAGCGGUAUCACUUGAUUUCUGCCCACCCCAUCCAGUAUUUGCAAAACAACCGGAAGAGGACUGCGAGACUGCCAGUGACCCCAAUAAUCUGAAGAAAUCUCCCAUUGAAAAAUGGUUUACGAGGGAAAUGUUCGAGGAUUUGUUCCCAAAAGCAAAUCUUGGACUGGGCUCACAUAAAUGUUUGCCCUAUUCGUAUGAGUCCUUCAUUAUUGCUGCAAGAUAUUUCCCCGAUUUUGGAGCAGAGACAUUGAAUAAGGUGGGUUUAUGUGAAGGUUCAUGA